AUGGAUACUUCGCGCGCCGUUCUCAACGCCGAUGGAGGUGAUGUUCCCGCAGACUCUGUUACCCAAAUCGCUCCCGACGGCGAUGUUAUGCUGGUGGUUGGCCCAAGCCAGCACAAGAUUCAGGUCUCUUCGCACUUCCUCAAACUCAUCUCCCCUGUCUUCCGAGCUAUGCUUGAUGCACCGAUGAAAGAAGGGAAAGCCCUCGCAAACAAGUCCGAUCAUGACGGCCCCAUUGAAAUCGUCCUCCCCGAAGACAAGGAACAGCCAAUGGACCAGGUAUUGCGCACACUUUUCAGCUCAGACCCAAGCGCCACGGAGUUCUCGAUCAGUGAAGCCAAGGAGAUCGCCAUUCUUGCAGAUAAAUAUGGAAUGGUCGAGCGUCUCCAAGUAUUUGCAUCUUUCUGGCUUCUCAACGCCACCAAGACCGAUGGUGCAGAUGUGAUUUCCGAGAAUGAAUGGAAUGCCUUGGUUGUCGUAUACAUGCUCAAGGUCGACUGGGCUUUUUUGCCGUAA